GACAUCACGAGAGGGAGCUUCCUCUUGAUGAGUUGGCUUUAAGGUGCAAUCAGCGUGAAGCGUCUAAUUCUCCUGCGAGCCUCUCCGAGAUUCGCAGUUGCCCGUCUGUUGUUUCUCGGCUUCCCCUUGGCCUUUUCCCUCCCCCAGCACCAUGGCCUCAGGAUCCGAUUUUAAAGUGGAUGACUUAUCAACUGCAAUUCUGAAGCAGAAGAACAGGCCAAAUAGGUUAAUUGUUGAUGAAGCCAUCAAUGAAGACAACAGUGUUGUGUCACUGUCCCAGGCAAAAAUGGAUGAAUUGCAGCUGUUCAGAGGAGACACUGUUCUGCUAAAAGGAAAGAAGAGGAGAGAAGCAGUCUGUAUUGUUCUGUCAGAUGAUACCUGCUCAGAUGAGAAGAUUCGCAUGAAUAGGGUUGUUCGUAACAACCUGAGAGUGCGCCUGGGUGACGUGAUCAGCAUCCAGCCUUGCCCAGAUGUGAAAUAUGGCAAACGUAUACACGUGCUGCCAAUUGAUGACACAGUAGAAGGGAUCACAGGGAAUCUGUUUGAAGUCUAUCUCAAGCCGUACUUCCUGGAAGCAUACAGACCUAUCAGGAAAGGUGACAUCUUCUUAGUGCGUGGAGGGAUGCGUGCAGUGGAGUUCAAAGUGGUGGAGACAGAUCCAAGUCCUUACUGCAUAGUGGCUCCAGACACAGUGAUCCAUUGUGAAGGAGAGCCCAUCAAACGAGAGGAUGAAGAAGAGUCACUGAAUGAAGUGGGCUAUGAUGACAUUGGUGGCUGCCGGAAGCAGCUGGCUCAAAUCAAAGAGAUGGUGGAACUUCCCCUCCGACACCCUGCCCUCUUCAAGGCCAUAGGGGUGAAGCCUCCACGUGGGAUCCUGCUGUAUGGUCCUCCUGGCACUGGUAAAACACUAAUUGCCCGAGCAGUGGCCAAUGAAACAGGGGCUUUCUUCUUCCUGAUCAACGGUCCUGAGAUCAUGAGCAAGCUGGCUGGUGAGUCUGAGAGCAACCUGAGGAAAGCCUUUGAAGAAGCAGAGAAGAAUGCUCCUGCCAUCAUCUUCAUUGAUGAACUGGAUGCCAUUGCUCCUAAGAGAGAGAAGACACAUGGAGAGGUGGAACGUCGCAUAGUGUCUCAGCUGUUGACUCUUAUGGAUGGACUGAAACAGAGAGCACAUGUGAUUGUCAUGGCAGCUACCAACAGGCCGAACAGCAUUGACCCAGCACUCAGGCGAUUUGGUCGUUUUGAUAGAGAGGUAGAUAUUGGUAUCCCAGAUGCCACUGGGCGCCUGGAGAUCCUGCAGAUCCACACAAAAAAUAUGAAACUGGCUGAUGAUGUUGAUCUGGAACAGGUGGCAAAUGAGACUCAUGGCCAUGUUGGUGCUGACUUGGCUGCUCUUUGCUCAGAAGCUGCUCUUCAGGCUAUCAGAAAGAAAAUGGAUCUCAUAGACCUAGAAGAUGAAACUAUUGAUGCUGAAGUGAUGAACUCGCUGGCUGUGACCAUGGAUGACUUCAGGUGGGCUCUGAGCCAGAGCAACCCUUCUGCUCUUCGGGAGACUGUGGUGGAAGUGCCACAAGUUACCUGGGAAGAUAUUGGUGGUCUAGAAGAUGUAAAGAGAGAACUCCAGGAACUUGUACAGUAUCCUGUGGAGCACCCAGACAAGUUCCUCAAAUUUGGCAUGACCCCUUCAAAAGGGGUUCUGUUCUAUGGGCCACCUGGCUGUGGUAAGACACUGCUAGCCAAAGCCAUUGCUAAUGAAUGCCAGGCAAACUUCAUUUCCAUCAAGGGGCCAGAAUUGCUCACUAUGUGGUUUGGCGAGUCUGAAGCUAAUGUGCGUGAGAUCUUUGACAAGGCCCGCCAAGCAGCCCCUUGUGUGCUCUUCUUUGAUGAGCUAGAUUCCAUCGCAAAGGCUCGAGGUGGGAAUAUUGGUGAUGGUGGUGGUGCUGCAGACCGCGUCAUCAACCAGAUCCUGACAGAGAUGGAUGGCAUGUCCACCAAGAAAAAUGUCUUCAUCAUCGGUGCCACCAACAGGCCAGACAUCAUUGACCCAGCCAUCUUGCGCCCUGGCCGCCUGGAUCAGCUCAUCUACAUACCUCUGCCUGAUGAGAAGUCCCGGGUGGCUAUUCUUAAAGCCAACUUGAGGAAAUCACCAGUUGCCAAGGAUGUUGACCUGGAUUUCUUAGCUAAGAUGACCAAUGGCUUUUCGGGGGCUGACCUGACAGAAAUUUGCCAGCGUGCCUGCAAACUGGCUAUCCGUGAGUCCAUCGAGAGUGAGAUCAGACGAGAAAGAGAAAGGCAGACCAACCCUUCUGCCAUGGAAGUGGAGGAGGAUGACCCAGUUCCUGAGAUCCGCCGGGAUCACUUUGAGGAGGCCAUGCGCUUUGCUCGGCGCUCUGUCAGUGACAAUGACAUCAGGAAAUACGAGAUGUUUGCACAGACUCUACAGCAGAGCCGUGGCUUUGGCAGCUUCAGGUUCCCAUCAAGUAACCAGGGCAGUGCUGGUCCAAGCCAAGGCACAGGAGGCAACAGCGGGGGCAACGUGUACAGUGAAGACAAUGAUGAUGAUCUCUACGGUUAACUUGCUGUCCUCUGUGGACUGAACCCUACAUCAGGCCACGUUGUACAGGAAAAAAAAAAUCCAAUGUUAGUGAACUCUUAGCUUCUUCAUUCCUCAGUUAGAAUGGUGUAAGCUGCAUGUCAGACUUUAUAUGGGGGAUGUUUUCUGCAAACACAAAUCCAGACCAGUGUUCAGUUGGGAGGCAGACAGUGCAUUAACAAGGAGGGGAACCAACUUAAAUUCUCAGAAAUUUCCAUUUUAGUUUAUGUGGCAGAAUCAGCAGCUUUAACAAAGAGUAUGAUGCUAGCCUGUAUAAAAAAAAAAAACCCACAAAAAUAAUAAAAAAUCACAUGAAACUCUAA